AUGGCUGAACCGCAAACGCCGACCAAGCCCAACAGGUCCGUAGGGAGCUUUGGCUCUCUACGGAGCCUCAAGAGCAAGUUGUCGAGCUUCUCAUUGAGGGCCCGAAAGCCUUCACUUCUAAAAGAUAUCUCCGAGCAUCCAGGGUUCUCUGGCAAUGCGACCUUCUCCCCUCGCGAUCGCCCGCAGAUGAUCACAACCUCAGGCGCGCCUGAAGUUUACAGUUGGGCUGAUGAUAGGAGAAGAAUUGAGGCCGAGCGAAACGUUGACCCUAAUCGUAACCUUGGUCGCGUCACAUUCAACUUUCUCCCGGCGCAAGUUCUUCCCAGACCCCCGAGAAGCACCGGCAAAUUCGUCCCCAUGGACCCCCCAUUCAACGCUCGUCAAAUGCCUACGGAAGCUGCUGCGAAGAGCCCGUACCGCUCGUCUGCUGGGUCACGGGGCCGCAACGAUCGAAAGAGCACCGAAUCUCAAAAAAACAUCUUUGGCAUGAGAUCCAAUAAAUCUCAGCUCCAAAUCAACACCAGACCUUCCUCAGAUACCGAAAUCUACGAAUCAUUCCAGCCAGGCUCACCAACAGGUCCAGUGCCUGCGCUCACCCACCCCAAAACACCAGUCGAUAGCCCCAGAACCGCAACUACACCGGUCUCUGAGACCUUCGAUACAAAGAAGUCUAGUCUGCGCAAGGUCACUGACCUGUUCAAACAAAAGAGUGACAAGCAAUCUGACAAGCAAAUUGACAAGCAAAUCGAUACCGUACUAUCGCCUACUUCUGCUCGUGCUGUUGAUGGUGGUCCGCUUCGCACAUUCCAACGUCCGGAUCUUGAACGAUACCUGCGCACCACUUUGAACUGUCACACCUAUGACUAUUCCCCCGACCAGCCAUAUCCGCGCCACCCAAACACCGGUCGAGCCUGGCAUUCCCGCAAUCUGAAAUGCACCACUUGCAUGGACCAAUGCUGCGCUGUCUGCGGACGCGCUUGCUGCGCCUACAAAGCCGCUUAUCUUGCCACCAAGAUCCACAAAGACAAUCCGGAGUCGCUUCUUCGCGCUCAGGAAACCCUCGGCAACAUCUCGAACUGCUUCGCGUACGGCCAGGAGGCUCCUACUUUCUUGCAAUGCACUCAUGGCGCACCUGGUGACAAGAUUGGAUGCGGAAAGAUGGUCUGCCCUGACUGCUGCGGAAUGUGUCCCAACCCGAUCUGCGCUGACGUUCAGUGCCGCAAGUGCAAGAAGAAUCCGUGGAUGGAGUGCAUCUGGCACGACGAGAACAUGAAUAGAGUUGCUAUCUAA